GCGAUCGUGGCAAAAUUCGAUUUGCAAGCAAGGAUAGUAGAUGGUGUGAACUUGUAAUUGCCAAGUGGCUUUCGGUUAUGAAAUAGACAUGAGCAAUGACAGAAAAUACACAGCCAGGGAAGGAUAGCGUACUAGGGCUGAUAAAAGAAUUGGAAUAAAUCUAACAGAAAGGAAAACCAGGUCGUGGUUAGGGCCGUAUAUCGCUGUGAUGCCCAUUGAUCGACGGGCCUAUCUCCAUCUUGGCUUGUUGAUGCUGGCUGUUCCUGCUCAGUAUCUGGUAUCGAAGUUCCUGGCAACGUCCGAGGCACACAGGAGUGAAAGUCUUAAGGGUUUACUCAGUGGUGCCCUCGGUUUCAAAAACAAGUAUUUGUCUUGGAACUCCUGGCACAAGUGGUGUUUAGAACUACUGGGAAAACUUCAUCCUAAGCGACCAGACUUUGGGGGUCAAGAUGACCCAAAUGGGGAAUCCCCAGCUGUUGAAGUCUUUCAGUAUAGGGAUCCAAAAGGAUAUUUUGCUCAAUCCCUAGAUCCACGCAGUCCAAGACCAUCUAGUGUAAAAUACAGAAUAGGUCAAGUGAUCCGACACAAACUCUGGGGGUACAGAGGGGUUAUAAUUGGCUGGGACUCCACGUGUAGAGCUCCAACCAACUGGAUAAAGAUGAAUCAUCCAAGUGACAAAGAAUCUUGGAGGAAUCAGCCUAACUACUCAAUCCUCGUUGACAACCGCGAUCGCCAAGUUCCACAGAUAACAUACAUACCACAAGACAAUAUAGAAGUGAUCGUCAAUAUGCAAGUGAUACACCCCAUUUUAGAAGAUUACUUUGAAACAUUCGAUGGUGCUCAGUACAUAGCCCGGCCAUUUUUAAAAGCUGUCUACCCACAUGAUUGAAAAACAUGGAGAUAUGUGCUGCAAUGUAUUCAUGUAUAUAUGUGUGUAUUUAUGUUCACGACCAGACUGAUGAUGGGGAUUUUUAAUUAUGUUUUUGUGAAUGGUAAUUAUUAUGGACAAACCUUGUCAGUGGUUUAAUUUCUCACUUUUCUGGGUAAUUGGUCAGUUCCUGCAUUUCGCUGCUUGCAUCAAACUGUCAACCGUUUUGACCAAGAUGAGUUUGCUUGCUUUGUAAGAUGUUUCCGACUAAAAGAACCUUUGUAAUGACUCAGUUAUGACUCAAAUUACAUAUUAAGUAUAUUUUCUUGUUUAAAAUGCCAGUCACAAGUGUUUGUUUUCACAAUCUGUGUAUUCGAGACUGCGUUCAUGAAUGGCUGAGAAUCCAUUCUCGUCACACCACUGUGCGAGGUAGUGUGGAAUUUGAGAACCGUAACAUGAACACAUUCUCAUCUCUUGAAAACCUUUCGGACCACAUUCCCUGCACCAGACAGAAAUGUGGUUCUUGUUCUAAUGGUUGUAGUAGAUAAAAUUUCAGUUUGCUUCCUAAUAUAUAUUACUGGAAGUAAAUUCAACUUUGGGUUACUACAGACAUUAAGACACCAAGAACACCUUGUAUAUGUAACAGAAAAAUGUAUCUCCACUGAGGGGUUUUGAACCACAGACCUUUAUGAUAUCAGUCUAGGAUCGAUCACCGUCGGUAGGCACAUUGGGCUAUUUCUCAUUUCAGCCAGUGCACCACGACUGGUAUAUCAAAAUUGUGGUAUGUGCUAUCUUGUCUCAGGGAUGGUGCAUAUAAAAGAACCCUUGAUACUAAUGGAAAAAAAAUUGACAUCCAGUAGCCGAUGAUUAAUAAAUCAAUGUGCUCUAGUGUUGUCAAACAAAACAAACUACAACUACUUCUUCUAAGUACGAGUCUAGCACUCUACCAAUUGAGCUAAUAGGGAAAUUGAGGCAGUAUUUACCAGAAACAUGUUACAGUAGCAGCAAACUCUGGACAAAAAUAAGAUCCCUCCAGUGAAAUCAUGUUUGGUGUGUAAAUGUGUAUAUUUAAACCAGUUAUUAUUUUUAUUGGUAUUUGGUGUCCAAGUGAAAUACAGAUAAUUUGUUGUCUAUGUAUAUAAUUUUGUGAUUUACAAAUAAUAUUGUGACAGAUAAUUCUAUGUGUGUGGAGUAUUUGUGAUGUGUUAUAUUUUAUAAAUUAAUGCAUAAUAUUUACAAUGUCACUGUACAUUCAAAUGCAAUAAAAAGAGGAAGUACAAGUUGUUA